GCUAAGACCUGAGCUGCUUUGUGCAGCGCCAGGUGUUGCUGGCAGCCUGGUACCCACCGUCUCCGGGUGUGAUGCCGCCCCUUUGCUUUGACCCACCUGUCAAGGCUCCUACUGGUGAUCUGUGCCCGUUUGCAUGGAGCCCCCCCGGAAACGCACCCGUCUCCACCCUCCAACUCGGGCAGAGGUUUUAUCCCCACUCGCCUGUAGGUCUAUAAUCCAUUGAUUUCCUUUCUUUUUUUUUUUAAUUUUUUUCUCCCCUCCCAGCUUAAACCUUAUUAAAACCGGCUCAAGGAAGGGAGAAAAAUGCACGUCCGCGUUGGGGGAACUUUUUUAUCCCUUAGCUGUCUGGCUCUGCCCAGCACGAAGCGAGCGGGAUUAGAAGUGUUGACACAACUGAAUCUCCGCAAGGGCUGGCUUGAGCUCUUAGUCCAAUGUAAAUAGUUCAGGGCCUAAUUUUGAUACCGCGGGGGCAUCUGGAGCUGCGGCUGGGCACUGACCCCGCGGGUUAUGCGGCAUCUGUCGUGACACGCGGGUCCCCUGCGCUGUGCCAGCCUGCGCCCGCGGCCGUCAAAGCCGGUUUAGCGGCACAGGACGGGAUCGCUUUGUGAUGGAGACUCCUCUCUGCAAAGUGGGUUUCGAAACGCCCCUCUUGCCCCAGGUCUGCAGACCCCCCCCCACCGUCCCAUCCCAUCCCACGGGCUCCCUUCCCCUCCCAGUCACAACUGGGACCUCAUUCAUGCCCCGUCCCCCUGCUUCUGCCCUUGUGCCACCGCCUGCUAGGAGGAUUUGAAUAAUAUUAACGGAAGAAUAUGCAUGAUACGCAUACUAAUAACUUGAAUGUUGAAUUUAUUGAUAUCCGUAUCUUACUGUUAAUCUCAGGAUCAUAUGAAGAGGCAUAGCGGCGGUCGCAAUAAGACUUUGUAGGUUAAUUAUAAUAUUCUCAUCUCUCAGAAUAAGGAUAAUACAAAGUAAAUAAUAUGAAUGUGUUUGAAUAAGAGGGGAAGCAUCGGGGGCUAUUUCUCGGGGGGCAGCAAAUGCCUGCCUGCCACUACCAAGGGCUGGGGGCUCUGCCGGUCGUCCCCGUGUGUUCCCGCUGGCUGGGGGCAAGGCUUGGCACUGGGACGCCCAGUCCCUUGUGGGCAGCAAGAUGGGGACUGCUGGGUUGGGGUCGCAGCCGGAUCCUCAGCUGAUGUAAACUGCGUCGGCUCCAACGCUUCCAGUUUACACCGGCCCAGCGGCGAAUUCAGGCCCUUUUUGCUUUUUCUCUCGACGGCGCCGUGCAAGCGUGACGCAGCGCAGCUGCGAUCUCUGUGCAGGGGCCUUGGUCAAAGUUUCCUUGCCGUUGCUUUGCAGUGAUGUCUCCCCCGGCGGGGGCUGCGUGUGCGGACCGCCGUGGGUAGGGCCCCUGGGUACGAACAUCUCAUUAGAGAUGGAAAAAUACGAUCCGAGUCAGGAACGCAAGCUUUUAUUUCCAUAACCCGUCCCUCUGCAUUGGCAGCGAGCGUGGAAGAGGGCAUUUCGCAUGCACCUGGCACUUCCUCGCCUUGCAAAACCCAAGGGGAAGUGGGGGGAGAUCUGAGUUCAGCUUUAAAAAACCAGCCAGGCCUUUGCCUUUAGAUGUUGUAACGAGCCUGAGAAAUUUGCAUUGUUCGUCUAUGAUUGACAGUGUUUCUACUCCGCACGGGCUGCCUGGCUCCUGGGGGGCAGCAGGGGGUUAAAGCACUGGGGAGGACGGCUGUUCGGGCCUGGUUUUUAAUAAGCAGCUGUAAAAUCUCUGCGGUAGGUGGAGAUGGACGGCGAGCUUUUCACCCCAUGCUCUGAGAUCCUUCCCCGAACUCACAGGGUUUUACAAGGAGCGUUGGUGAAAUGCAGCCACCUCUGGGGUGGGAGACAUCAGCCCUUGCACAGCAUCAAAUCUCCCUGUCUGGGUCAGGCUAAAAGUCCAUGUACCCAAUUUCCUGCCGCUGCUGGGAACAAGCAGCAGCUGCUUUAGAGGAAACAGGACCUGGGUGACAUGGGCUGUCCCGUCCCUCCGCACCCGCCACCCCGCUCGGCGUGACAGCUGCGAGAGCGGGGGUUUUGGCCAGCCACCCUGGGACAAUGUUUCCUCAUCCUGGAAAUGCCUGGGGGGAUCUCUGACUGUCUGUGGAUCCUUGGCUUUGGAGGUUGCCCAUCUGCAGGGAAGUGAGAUGUCCUGGAUCCACGGAUAUCAAUGGCAAAAUCCUCCUGGGACGGGCGGCCGCAGGCUUCGACGCUCUGCCACGCUGCAAAAUGGGAUCCUUUUGUAACUUUUGGAGACUCGCCGGGUGCGAGAUCUCUUCCUCCUUUGUCUCAAGGCCCGUUGCGUUCUCUCCCGCCAGGCCCGCUGCCCAGCACCAGCCCCGCGCUGACCGUGCUGCCCCGCGAGCCGCUGGUCGAGCUCGGCGGGUCCAUCCAGCUCAACUGCUCUCUGGACUGUCCGAACGGCAAGGUGGAGUGGAAAGGGCUGGACACCAACCUGGGGAACAUCCUGUCCUUCCCCAGCCACAGCGUCCUACAAGUCACCAAUGCCCACGUCACCACGCGGGGCACCAAGAUCUGCCUGGGGCUCUGCCAAACGAUCGUCCAGACGUCCGUCCACCUGGAAGUGUACUCUUUUCCAGACACGCUGCAGCUGGACUCCGAGCCCAAGGAGCUGGUGGCCGGGCAGCCGGCCCGGCUCUUCUGCACCAUGAGCAAGGUCUACCCGCCUGGCGGGCUGAUCCUGAGCUGGUACCGGGGGGACCAGAAGCUGGAGACCGCGGAGCCGGAGGAGGACGAGGACGAGGACGAGCUGUUGUACUACCGCGCGCAGCUGGACGUCCCCGCAGCCGACGUGACGGAGGGCGCAGAGUUUCGGUGCCAAGCGGAGCUGUUUCUGUCCCAGCCCCAGAGGCAUUUCCAGCAGGACCGAGCAGUGGCCGUGCCCGUAGCAGCUGUAAUGAAGCCAUCCCUGGAGCUGGCCACCACCCCAGAGAUCCCCAAAACCGAGCCACCGUCUGCUGCAGAGACCUCCAGCACAGCCAGGGACCCUGUCAGCACUGCAGGGCCGGAGAUCCCCAGCUCCCCCAGUGGGACCCUGAAGCUGGAGUCCCCGGCCCCCACGGAGAACGCGGCCACUGCCUUGGUGGCUACAGCCGAGACCCUGACCCCUGGAUGGACUGCUCCGACCGAGAUCCCCACCGCGGUGCUCGCCGUGACGUCGCAGCCCCCGGGGACCGAGGCUGCCUCGCUGGACCCUGCAGACACCACUCGGGACUCGAUCACCGGCACUAGCCCGGACCUGGUGAGCUGGAGCCCCAGCACGGAGCCGAAGGAUGCCACAGGGAACUCUCCAACUCCAGAACCCAUUAGCACCUGGCGCCCCAAAAGCACCACCCACGAUCCCCUAGACAGCCCCAAAACCAAGGCCACCUGCAACCUCUUCAUCAGACCAGUGCCUCCCAAGGGCAUCACCGGGAAAGCCCUGAAUGUGGUGUGCUACACCGAGUGCCGCGAGGAGGUCACGAUCCAGUGGGUGAAGACCCCGCUGGCGCUGUCCUGGUACCAGGAGGAGCUGUCCGAGGGCAAAUCCACGCUGAGGAUCGACCGGGUAGCCCCAGAGCACCAAGGAGACUAUCAAUGCGUCCUGCUCAGCGCCAGACCCCAGAUAGCACGUCUGCACAUCACCGUGUCUCCUGACACAUUCAGCGCCAACUCAGCCAUCGCGGUGGGGAUGGCCGGCUCCCUCCUGGGGCUGAUCAUCACGGGCUUCGCGUCUCAUCGCCUCUGGAAACGGCUCAAUUCCCGGUACAACGUGUCCUAAGGGGCGUGCGCAGGCCUGUCGCAGUCGCCCUUGGAUGACCCCCCGUUGUUGCUGGGAUUGAAGGGGCCUAGGGCAGCGCCUGGGCUGGUGCCGAGGUCAGCCAGCGAGCACCGAGCAGAGGGGAGCGGACAGGCCUGGAGCAGCCCGUUUCUGUCCCUGCCUCCAUCCUGCUCCCGGACGUUGUGAUUUCUGGCUCCAGUGCGCUGCAGUGGUCGGGCCUCUCGUCCAGCCGGGUGCUGGGGCUUGGCUCGGUGGUAGCUGCGAUUAGUGAGCGGCUUUGAACUUCGUGGGGCGGUCAGACAGGCCGCGGGGAGCAGCCGGCUCUCGGAAGUGCCGUGGAUCUCCCCUUCGCUGCGCACUAACUCCCUCCUUGCCCGAGCUCCAGGCGGAGAGGAUGAGUCGAAUCUCCCUGGACUUGCCUCCGUCCCUUCCUUGGGGGUUACAGCACCCGAUGCUCCCAGGGUCUUUGGUCUCAAGCACGUUGGUUUUAGGGCUAUGGAGAGGUGACCACGGAGGCUGAUGCCUGGUGCUGGAUCAUCAUGGAGGUGCCCUGUGCAAGGGCAGGGGUGUCCUUGAUCUCCCUGUACCCCGUGAAGGCUGGGGAGGGGGCUAUGGGGUGCCCGUCCCACUUCCCUCGACAUGGCCCACAUCCACCGCGAACCAGGUGGAGACCGACAUGCGUUCCCUUUCAGGGUGCCCAAGACCUUCCACCCUGCCCCCCUCCGCAGCUGGAGCAGGGAUCCAGCUGUGUCCGUGGCGCGUCGGCAGUGCCGUGGCGCCUGCUGCGUGGAGCACGGCUGUCCUAAUAAAGUGGCCUUUUCAAGGGUU